AUGCAUCACAAAGCUGCUUUCUUGGCAAUCCUGGUGCUGCCUGUAGUGGCAGUUGUUGCAGAGGCACCUGUUCUUACUGAGUCAGCAAAACGCAAGACACAAGUGUCCAACAGCAAGGACCUAGCUGUAUCAGAAGUCUCCAGCAAUCAUCUGAUGCCCACUCCAUCUGACGAUCCUAACGCGACUGGGUGGAAGCCAGUCCCCAAAGGGCGGUUUCCAGCUCUGGUGACGUUCCACUGUAAUGUGACCCCCAAUUGCUGCCAGGGAGUUGUCAUCAAAAAGUACUACGCCGUCACUGCAGCCCACUGCCUCGAUGCCAUUGGCAAGAACCCUUUAGCGUACAUUGGUGGCCACGAGGCUGGGAACGACUUACGUGCAGCGGCUAAGGUUCAGAUCAUUCGUGUCGAGGAGACAUUCGUGCAUCCAAAUUGGACAGGCCAUGUUGCAGACGGACAUGACAUUGCCAUACUUAAGUUAAGCCAGCCCUACACUGGGCUGAUGCCAACACUGGCAGAUAAACCACUCCUCCCUGUUGGCAACAAGGAGCUGCUGGCCUUCAGAUGGGGAAAUCACAGCCUCGAGAUGGCUAGAAUGAGCACAGCCAACACAGGCUGUCGAGGCCUCACAGGCAUGGGCGAAAACAUCCUGUGUGCAUACUCUGAGGACGCUGUCAUUAAGGGCGGCUGCUCAGGAAGCGCCCUCUUUGUGCUUGAUGAUCCGCCAGAGACUAAUGGUUCCUUCCUAGAUGCCAUAGCAGGGGGCCGAACAGACAUUGACAUCGUUUUUGGGAUCACAUCGUAUGUCAAUGGCACGAUGAUGUUCAACAAUGAGAAAUUUGGCUUCGCCUACACACCAAUCAGUCUUAAUGUGGAAUGGAUACGAGGAUACACCGACCCACAG